CUAUAAAUACAUGGUACGUAGUUGCUUUGUGACACUUCAUAAAAACUCUAAAUCUGGCUAGCUGCCCUCAUUCAAUUUGCCCUUUUGCUAUCAGCUGGAAUUAGUCCAACCAAUUUCGAUGGCCUCCUCUAAGACUUUUGAUCUCAAAUUGUACUGCACAUGCGAUGGAUGUAAGAAAAAGGUGAAGAAAGUGCUGAAAAAUGAUCGUGGAGUAGUGCAUUCAAGUGAAAUAGAUACAAAUGAAGGAAAGGUGACCAUCUCAGGUACCACAGACCCACACACACUCAUAGCCGCAUUUGGAAAGGCUGGGAAGAAUGUGGAGCUUUUGACGUCGGAGCAAUUCUCCUCCGGCGAGAACAACCAGCUGCAGAACAUGGAAAUAGUACCAACAAAAUCCGCAAAAGGAGUUCUUGACAGUGACCACCAACGUACCAUAGCAGAACUCCAGCAAUUCUCCAAAAAUAAUCAACGGUCCAAACUCGGCCCCCGACCUUCCAUGGCAGAACACCAGCAAUUCUUCCAAAAUAAUCAACGGUCUAAACUGAAAGAGAUUGUUGAUCAUGACGCUCUCCGCAUGACUACUGGUACGAAAAAUCAAACUAGCCACAAGCACGAGCUCGAGUUGAAAAGCUAUGAAAAACGGUUCACUUGCAAUGGAUGCAAGCAGGAAGGUUUAGGACCAAGAUACAGAUGUAAGCACUGUGACUAUGAGCUCCAUAAGGAAUGCAGGAAUCCGAAAUUGGAAAUUUCCCACGAAUUCCUCAAAGGACACACCCUCGAAUUCCUUGAUCAACUUCCUAGCAAAUGUUCAACAACACGCUGCAUUGCGUGUGGGAGUAACAUAUGUGGCUCUCUCUACCACAACAAAGCCAAGGAAUUGUAUUUGCACCCUUGUUGUAGCAACCUCAAGAGUAAACUGUGCAUCGAUGGCGCGAUUUUCAAGCUUCGUAAUGAAGUGGUAUCAAAAUGCAUGUGGUGCAAGAAGAAAGAGCCUCGGCGCCACAAAACCGACAUUCGAGGUUGGUCUUACAUUUCUGAUUGUAAGGAGUAUCAGAUUCAUGUGUACUGUGUGACUGAAAUGGUGCAUGAGGCAUGGAAGAAAGAGAAGAUAGAUCUGCAACUCUUACCUAAUUCGAAGAAGAAUCAAGGGAAAUUGGGUUUCAAGACUAUCAGAAAGAUAGUGGAGAUAUUACUCAAGAGUGUAGUUGGCGUUCUUUUCGGAGAUCCAUUGAUGAUCAUUGCAUCUGUGGUUCCUUCUGUGGUGGAGUUAAUCUCCAACAACUGAACACACAGAGAAGAACACAUCUGAUAUGUUUUGACUAACAAGAAUGCGUUCUAGCUAAGGAGUACUGGUUGUGAGAUGUGUGUGAGGGUGUGGUAAAUUGCAAGGUGUGCUGUUGUUUUUCUUCUUGUGUGCAUGGUGUGUUCUUGUGAUGUGCAAGAAAACAGUUGGUUUCUUUGCCACGCGUUGGAAAAGAAGGGAGAAUAAUUUCGCGGGUUUUUAUUACGGUUUCAGAUUAUUUUUUUCAGAAGCUGUUUGUUCGAAUUCUCUUGUAGUGAAAAUAGUAAUUAUAAUUUUGUUCAGUUUUUGAUUGUAAUUUCUCAAGUUUGAGCAAAUACUAGAGAGGAACUUUGUCCA